AUGAAGAACCUUCACCGAUUUCUUCACUUUUUUCAAUUUCUUCUACCAACAAGAUUACUCGACCAAUUCGUCGACCACGACGACUCGUCGUGGUCUUCGUCGUGGUCAGUUAUGUCUAGCCGAUCACGGAGGAACCAACCCGGAGGUCGACCCGACUUCCCUUGGUACACUUUCCCUCGUAUCGUGAGUCUCGGGGUGCUUUCAAAAUGGAACAGAAGGCUUGAGUGGAUGAAACAACGGAAAGUUCAUGCACCAGCUGUAGUUGAUUAG